CAGUGCUGUUCGGCGGUGCAUCACAAGCGCUGGUCAUGGCGGACGCACUCCUCUUAGUCUAAAUAAUAAACGCAGCAUUUACCCCCCUCUCCCGAGAGAAUUAUAUUUCAACAUAAACACUAAAUAAUUAUUCUCGUUUUUGAAGAAAUUUGCCAUAUUCUGGUCGAGGUGAAUCGGGUCUGAGAUCAGAAUGACCAAUGAAGAACCUCUCCCGAAGAAGGUUCGCCUGAGUGAAUCUGACAUGAAGACCCUGACUCGAGAGGAGCUGUGUACCAGGUGGAAGCAGCAUGAAGCUUAUGUCCAGAUGCUUGAGGUGAAAUAUACUGAUUUAAACUCUAAUGAUGUGACGGGCCUUAAGGAGUCAGAGGAGAAGUUGAAGCAACAGCAGCAAGAGUCUGCACGCAGAGAGAACAUUCUAGUGAUGAGGCUUGCUACUAAGGAGCAGGAAAUGCAAGAGUGUACGACCCAAAUCCAGUACCUGAAGCAAGUCCAGCAACCGAGUGCUGCUCAGCUGAGAUCGUCCAUGGUGGAUCCCGCCAUCAACUUAUUUUUCCUCAAAAUGAAGGGUGAACUGGAACAGACUAAUGACAAACUGGAGCAAGCCCAAAAUGAACUGAGUGCCUGGAAAUUUACACCUGAUAGCCAGACUGGUAAGAAGCUGAUGGCGAAAUGUCGCAUGCUGAUCCAGGAGAAUCAGGAAUUGGGGAGGCAGCUGUCACAGGGGCGCAUCGCCCAGCUGGAGGCCGAGCUUGCCUUGCAGAAGAAGUACAGCGAAGAGCUAAAGAGCAGCCAAGAUGAGCUGAAUGACUUCAUCAUUCAAUUGGAUGAGGAGGUGGAGGGCAUGCAGAGCACUAUCCUGGUUCUUCAGCAGCAGUUGAGGGAGACCAGGCAGCAGUUGUCUCAGGCCCAAGGCAUUUCUAGUGGAGCUGGCCCAAGCAGAACUUCACCUUCAGCCAGCUCUGAACCUCCCAUUCAAAGAGAAGCUGCAAACACCUCCAGCUCCACUGUGGGGAAAGACUGCGGAAGGGUUUCCAAUGGUCCCUCCAAUGGUAAUUUGUCUCAGAGGGGUGUUUCUGUGUCCAGUCUAUAUAGGGAAGCAAGCAGUGCAGAUGAAGAUUUCCCACCAUCACCCUCUGUCUCCAGCCCCACCCAUGGUGGCAUGUCAAAACUCUCCAACCACUCAGAAGAUGCAGGAAGCCAGAGGGGUGGAGAAGGGUAUGUGACACAGCUAAGUGCAGGCUACGAGAGUGUGGACUCACCUACAGGCAGUGAGACAUCAGUGACCCAGCACUCUAAUGAUACAGACUCCAAUGCUGACUCCCAUGAGGCCGCUGCUGUCUCCAAAGUCAGCAGGACUGCGGGUACGCGGCACAGCACUCAAAAUGGUCUGGACUCAACUGCAGCAACAGUUGUGACCAAUGCCUCCACAGGGUCUGUUUUGUAACAUUCUUAAAUUUCAGUGUUGAUUUUUUUUUUAAGUAACUCAUGAAAAAUAAAAGUCAUAUUUCAGGCCAGUUAGUUUGUUUGAGGAAGUUAAAUGCUUUUUUUUUUUUACCCCAC